AUGUCUUCACGCAAGGAUGACACGAAAGGUGAAGUCACCAACGUCAAGGAGGAACACCAUGCCGAACUGCUGGAGCAGUCAAAGAUUGCUACUCAUAUUGAGCACUCGCUUGGAGUCAUUGAAGCUGUCAAGCUUUAUCCUAUGGCGGUCUUUUGGGCGUCGUUAUUCGCCUGGUCGUUGGUCAUGGUCGGCUAUGAUUCAGGGCUAAUCUACAGCUUUUAUGCCCUGCCAGCCUUCGUCAAGAAGUACGGCACCAACUACGGGGGUGACAUUGGCUACGAGGUAUCCGCGAAGUGGCAGAAUGUUCUCGGUAUGGGAACACCCGUGGGCCAAUUCCUGGGAGCUUUUACCGCCUCGUGGCCAAUGGAGAGAUGGGGCCGAAAGAAAGUCUUCUGGGCGUCCCUCUUUUUCAGCACUGCCUUCAUCUUCCUCCAGAUGUUUGCAAACAACAUUCACACCCUAGCGGCAGGUGAAUUCCUUGCGGGUAUUCUCUAUGGCACCUACGUCGUCCUGGCCCCGACCUACGCAUCGGAGGUAUGUCCCUUGGCUCUCCGCGGCAUCCUGAACGCUGGGAUGAACCUCGCCUAUGUCAUUGGACAGUUUGUCGCUUCUGGGGUCGGCAAAGGGUUUUCGGAGCGGACUGAUCAAUGGGCCUACCGCAUCCCAUUCGCGAUUCAGUAUAUUUGGAUUCCCAUUCUUGCUUUCGGCCUCAUCUUUGCUCCGGAGAGCCCUUGGUGGCUUGUGCGCAAGGGCCGGGUGGAAGAGGCCGAGAAGGCGCUGAGACGACUUGCGAGAGAGUCACCCAAAAUCGAUAUCAGAGCCACGCUCGCAAACAUUGAGACGACUACGAUGCACGAGAUCGAGGUGGAAAAGGACACAACAUUCAUCGAAUGCUUCCGGGCGUCGAAUCGUGCUCGCACCGAGGUCGCCAUCAUGGUCCAGAUCUUCCAAGUCAUCACUGGCAUCUCACUGAUUGGCUAUGCCGUUUAUUUCUUUACGCUGGCUGGCCUGCCUGUCAGCGCCUCUUUCGACAUGGGAGUCGGCAACACCGCCAUCGGUUUCGUGGCCACUUGCUGCUCUUGGGUCUUCAUGUCCUUCUUCGGCAGAAGGACCAUCUACAUGUAUGGGGUGGGCAUGAUGGCCGUGUCACUCUUCAUCAUUGGCAUUCUGGACUGCGUCCCGCACUACACCUCGCGUCCUGGCCUGGCGUGGGCGCAGGCCGCUCUCCUCGAUAUUCUGACGUUCCUGUUCCAGGGCACCGUCGGACCCAUCAACUUUGUCAUCUUUGCAGAGAUUGGCGCCACGCGUCUGCGUUCCCAGACGGUCGCUCUGGCGACGAGCACUGGCUCCAUCGCCCAGAUCAUCAUGACCGUCGUGGUUCCGUACAUGCUCAACGCGUCCUCGGGCAACUGGCGAGGCAAGACGGGGUUUUUCUUUGGCGGACUCAGCACCAUCGCCACCAUCUGGUGUUUCUUCCGUCUGCCCGAGACCAAGGGACGCACGUACGAGGAGCUCGACUACAUGUUUGAGGCGGGUAUUCCGGCGCGCAAGUUCAGGGACUUUAAGAUUACCGAGGCGCGAGAAGUCGAGGUUUAA